AUGUUUACCGCGCUGGAGUUCAAAGCACCCGGCCUGUUAGAGGACUUUGUCUCCUCAAAGACAGUAAAAGGUCCAGCGACCUUUGUGGAUGAAACACAAGAGGUCUCCGGUCUAUACCAGGUCGUAAGAGCGAGCGACGAGAGCGACGAGGCCUCGAGCGUCUCAUUAGACCAGCAUCCAUCACCACGGGUUGCACUAUCCGGCCAUGCUGCUCCCAUCACGGAUCCCACUGACGCCUUUUUCCUCUGGCGAUACGUCGACUUCAUCGGCCCGCGCUUCGACAUGUUCGACGAUGCACCGCGAUAUUUCUCGACAGUCGUGCCGCAGCUCGCUCUAAACGACAAGCUUGUCCUGUUAGCCUGUGUCGCGGUUGCAGCCCGCCAGUACUCCCUCGUCAAUGACCAACAGCAACUUAGUCAUGAGCAGGCUUUAAAAUACUACAACGCGGCUAUCCAUCUGCUAUCCAAGCGGCUCCAAGAUAGCGGGCCAGACCCUGCGGUAUUUGCAAGUUGUUUACUUGUAGCUCACUGCGAGAUGGUCGAGAGCAAGGCCACGGAUUGGGGCCUGCACCUCAAGGGGACGGGAGAUCUUCUCAAGAUGCAUGGUUGGCAUGGGGCGAGUGGCGGGUUGGCACAGGCUUCAUUCUGGAUCUACUGCAGGAUGAUUAUCCUUGCCUCUCUCUCUGCCGGCAAGCCAGUAGCAUUAGAACCUAAAGAAUGGAUCCCUGGGGGUGUAUUCCCUGAUCCUGCCACAUGGACACUCGAAUCAUGGCAAAAAAUGGUCGUUUUUCUUCUCGGGAUGGUUCACGAUCUCUGGAGUCGCACUCCUGAUGGCAUCGACGAACUCUCUGUGCGACUUCACGCUGCCAGAUGGAAGGAGCUUGAAGCUGAGCUAGUGCGCCAUCAGAGCCAAGCGCCAGCCGUGUGCUCACCACUCAGUAUUCUACCUCCGAAUGGAGAGGAUAAUCCCUUCCAGGCCGUGCGUUACUUGAAUGGUCCCGUGUCCGCCGCGUGGCAGAUGCUGCAUACUGCAUUUCUCAUUCUCACCAUUUGCACGCCUUGCUCGCAAACGAGUCGCCUCUCAGUGCUCUCCAGCCCUGACCUGACUUGCCAAGCACAGAUGUACGCACGCCAGAUUGUCGGCAACUCGCUGGCAAACCAAUGCUCCAUCGCAUGGGCGAAUGCCGUCCAACUCCUUACACUUGCAGGUCAGUGUCUCGUGGUAGAGCCGGAGCGGAAUGCGUGCGUCCGUAUUCUGCGAGAGAUUCAGCAACAAACGGGCUGGGACACGCGGCAGAAAAUCUACAGGGGUGGUUUAAGAUCUGACAUAUUCCGGCAACCCGUUUCCACGGUCUUCACGAUCGAGCAGCUUGACUAG